CUGAAUAAUCAGCUGGUUUUGUUUACAAUCUUGCAUUUUUAUUUGUUUUCGUGAGUCUUCAUUGGAAUUUAAUCACCCAAAAUGGUAGAUUUCAAGCACGUCUACCGCCAGUACGAGCUGAUAACAUGCAUAAACAUGCUGGAGCCCUGGGAGCGAAAACUGAUUAAUGGAUUCUUCUUGAUAAUGAUGGCCUUGGUUAUAUUCUCCAGUUUUAUGUAUCUGCCGAGCUAUCUGGAGACCCUGGCGCACUUUGUGACGCCGCCCCAGUGGCACAGCUCCUCGGAGAAUGUGGUCUAUGUGGCACAGAAGAUGGCCCGAAGCUGAGCUUUCUGAUACAUACAUACGUACACUCGCAAGGAAGGAAUGACAACUAUGAUUUAAAGUUAGCAAUACUAUUAUGUGAUUUAUUUCGACUGGUCCAAGAUCUGUAAAUAUUUAACUGUGCCAACAACGAAUCGCUUGACCCAA